AAUAUUUUUUAUGGGCUGCUUAUUUUUUAAGAGUGCCGUAGACAACUUACAACCACCAAAAAAAUAAUUUUUUGAAUUUCAAAUGAAGGACAUUGAGGGAGUAGACACACCUUUAUCAAAUUUCAAAGGAAAAAAAGCUAUUAUUUGUGUUAAUGUUGCAUGCUCAUGUGGUUUAACAUCUAGUAAUUACAGUGAAUUAGUUUAAUUAUAUAAUAAAUAUAGGUAAUAUCUUCAUUAUAAUAAAAAGCUCUUAAGGAUUAGAAAUCUUAGGUUUUCCUUGUAAUUAAUUUAUGAAUUAAGAAUCUAAACCAGAACCUGAAAUUAAAUAAUAUGUUAUCUAAAAAUAUGGAGUGUCAUUUCCAUUAUUUUAGUAAAAUAUUUAAAUAUAUUUAGAAAAAUAGAAGUAAAUGGACCAAAUACUCAUGAAUUAUAUUAAUAUUUGAGAUUAAAUUCAAAUAACUUAAGAGUUAGUGAAUCAUAAGCUCGUUAGGUUCCUUGGAACUUUGGAAAGUUUUUGCUUGAUGGACAAGGUAAUGUAGUUGCUUUUUUUCAACCAACUCAAAAACCUAAUGAAAUGACUGCAUAAAUAGAAAAAUUGUUAAGUUAAUGA